AUGGCUCAGCCUCCCUGAUCCCGGCAUCCAUGGAGCGACUGCUGUUCGUAGUGGCGGUGGCCUAUGUGGUGGCCGGCGCCGCACCCCGAUUGCGCGCCAUCGAUCCCGAGGAGCCGGAUGCACUUCUCAAGUUCACGCUUACCGAGCUCCAGCGCACUAAGGUGGAGGGUCACGAGAUGGACGACUGUCACGGGCUUGAGGUCGCCUCCAUCGACUCCCGCGACGAGAAGGUCGAGAACGGCAUUAAGCACCACCUGAAACUCAAAAUCCAGCCAACACGUAUAGGCACACCGGCCUGCAGCCAACGCAACGCCCACACGGUUGUCAGCGUUCACCCACAGCCUGAAGUCUGCGAGGCCGAGGUGUGGGAAAACCAAGACGAAGACGGACGUCACCAGAUGGCGCUACUCCGAUCGAGCUGCUUGCAAGUCGAAGAGCUGCGCAAUUGACUUCGUAUUUGCUCCCGUUAAUAUGAAACCACAACACUUGAGUUUCUACUACAGUAGGUAUGGGCUGAGAGCAUAUAUACAUCUUAACAUGUGGUUUGAAGGACAAAGGCAAAAAAAAAAAAAAAACGGAAAUAUAGAAGACCAGUCAGCACACCUCUUGCAAUGUGCUUCUUGGCGUGGCAGCUGGAACAAAUCGGAUAGGAAUUUAAAGGGCUAGAUGGAUUGCUGUUAAGUGUCAAAGUAUUUAUCUAAUGAUAGCUCGACCUCAAUGAAGCCAGUGCCGUGUUUUAUAGGUUCACAGCCAAAAUCACUGUACUACCAUGUCUAUAACUAAUGCACGCUUUAUUCCAAAUAAACAGCCAAGUGACAGGAGUUAUUUACUUUUACCUUAAUCACUAGUCAGUAGCAGUCAGUUCGAAGCAAGUCGGUUGCGAACUGGAAGUGUCCUGUAUUGUGGCAAACUCUACAAUAUCUUCAUCACCACAUUUCACAUUGCAUUUUUUACCGUUAGCUGAAAGGGUAUUAUGAGCAUCUAAAAGAUUUUCUGGUAGCGAUUCAUGCUGUGGCAAUUGUUAUUCCUGGCUAUGCGUGCUGAGAAGACCUGAAAUGAAACUAGUGCCGAGAUCCUUGUUAAAGUAUGCGGGCAUUGCUUCUUAGAGGGACACUACAGUCAAAUAACAAUUUAUGCCAGAUUGAAGGCUCAAUGCAUGACAUCUAAAACGACAACAUUAUCAACAGCAAUGCCCUACUUACCGGCUGCAGUAGGACAUUCCCAAAGUGUUUCCAAUGAUGUCCGAGGUACCGUCUACAAUUAAUCACUACUGAAAUAGCUGUACUAAAUAAAGAACCUUUCGUGCAUCAA